UCUCGUCUGCUCCUCGAAGGAAAGUGAGCCGCGGGUUGGAGUCCACCUGAGCCCCGUAUCUGAAUGAGACCGCAGCCCGUUUGAACUCCCGUUACGGUCCAUAAUACGGCUUAAAAAAAGAUCUCGAAAGUGCUGUUUAUAAAUGUAGAUAAAAAUAAAUCACCAUUCGCCUCAAACAUUGGAUUUUUCCUCUUUUUUUUUUUGGUCUUUUUUUUUCUGAAUGGGAGCGAAUCAGAAGAAGUGCUGCUAGCCUCGCGCCGCUCGGCUCAAUCUAGUGCGUUUCAGCUCGUGGCAACUUUGUGGAAAUAUGUAAGAGAGAAAUGAGACUGUAACAUGGAGCAGUCGGCUACUCUCGACAUAGAGACGCUGAAGAUUACCCAGGAGCAGUUUAUCCUCGCGUCCCAGUCCCUGCACCUCCAGCGACCAGGCUGCGAUGCCGUGUACCCAGUGGGUCUGUACGGCUGGAGGAAAAGAUGCCUCUAUUUCUUUCUGCUGCUGCUCCUGGUCACCAUGAUAGUGAACCUGGCCCUCACUGUCUGGAUCAUAAAGGUCAUGAAUUUCUCAGUGGGUGGAAUGGGAAACCUUCAGUUGAGCGAGGAUGGUAUUCGCCUGGAGGGGAUCUCUGAGUUUCUCCUGCCUCUCUACGUGAAUGAGAUCCAGUCCAGAAGGGACAGCUUGUUGGUCUUGCGAUCAGAAAAGAACGUAACGAUGAACGUCAGGAACGACCAAGGCCAGCUGACCGGGCAGCUCACAGUGGGACCUGAGGCUGUGGAGGCCCAGUGUCAGAGACUGGAGGUACGAAGUAAAGACGGAGGCAGACUGCUGUUCACCGCAAAUGAGGAGGAGGUCAUCAUGACAACCGAAAAGUUCACCAUCACAGGCUCAGAAGGCGCCGUGUUUGGACAUUCAGUAGAAACUCCCCUGAUCCGGGCGAGGGCUUCUGAAGACCUUAAGCUGGAGUCUCCGACGCGGACCCUGACCAUGGAGGCUCCCAGAGGGGUGGAAGUGAGCGCAGCCAAGGGGCCGCUGAAGGUCAGCGGGCGAAAGGACCUGCAGCUGGAGUCCACAGAGGGAGAGAUACUUUUAGACGCCAACACCAUUCAGCUGGGUAGCCUCCCGCUCGGCAUCUACACGGCGUCGCCCACUCAGGCCUCCCAGGAACUGGCGGUGUACGAGGUGUGCGUCUGCCCCAGCGGCAAGAUCUACCUCUCUCCUGCAGAGAGCAGCUCCACCUGCCAGGCCAUGAGCAACAUCUGCCUCUGGAGCUGA